CACUAUCUUGAGAACGUCACACCGACAACUGGGGUAUUUUAUCAUUUCCACACAUAUUUCUGCUCUCGGUGCUGCUCCCCCCUGUCCUGGCUUGCAAUAUGUGGAACAAGACAUUCCUGGAGUGAACGGGAGCUCCUGAAAAGUGGCCAUCUUGGAACGUAUCCGUCCUGCCCAAAGAUGCAAUGAAUAUCGAGAUGGUUCACACCCUCCUUUAACGUACGUAGAAAGGUUGAGCGUUACAUCGCGUACAGGCAACUUUAAACUGCUCCCAAUUCAGAAUAUACAAACAUUUAUUUAGUAGGCACAGUUGAUAAUCAGGUAAACGAGAAGAAAAAUUUAAAGUCAAGAGUAUUCGUUUAAUAGAACUGUCUACCAGUUGUAGCCUCCCCGAGCGAAGGAAAAACAAACAAGCAGUGAAUCUCUCUUCGCCUAGCCAGCUAGUAGCCUCCUCGCCUGGUUACCAGCUCUCCUCAGUCGUGUGUCCCUCUCCUCCCAUCUCCGUGGGCUUGGCUCAGUCAGUAGUUUAGCAGGCUAGUACGGAGAGACGAGGGCUGCUCCCUUUCGCCCCUGCUUAGUCUGCUCAGCACACCAACACCAUACAUUCCGCACCAUGGCUGCUACGGACGUUGACGUAUUUUCGAAUGAAGAGAAGCGUAACCUAAAUUUGGGUGGCCAUGUUGGAUUUGACAGCCUCCCUGACCAACUGGUCAGCAAAUCGGUGACACAGGGGUUUUGUUUUAACAUUCUCUGCGUAGGGGAGACUGGUAUUGGAAAGUCUACGUUAAUGAACACACUCUUCAACACCAUGUUUGAGAACGAAGAGGCGAGCCAUUAUCAGAAUGGAGUGUACCUGCGGCCGCGAACAUACGACCUGCAAGAAAGCAACGUCCACCUCAAACUGACGAUUGUUGACACUGUUGGCUUUGGUGAUCAGAUCAAUAAAGAGGAUAGUUACAAGCCCAUUGUUGACUACAUCGACACUCAGUUUGAAAACUAUCUUCAGGAAGAGCUGAAGAUCAAACGCUCACUGUUCAACUACCACGACACCAGGAUCCAUAUCUGUCUAUAUUUCAUCGCCCCCACAGGACACUCCCUCAAGUCUCUGGACCUCGUCACUAUGAAAAAACUUGACAGCAAGGUCAACAUCAUUCCCAUCAUUGCCAAAGCAGACACAAUCUCCAAGAGUGAGCUCCAUAAGUUCAAAAUUAAGAUCAUGAGUGAGCUCGUGAGCAACGGUGUCCAGAUUUAUCAGUUUCCAACUGACGAUGAAGCAGUCAGUGAGAUCAACGCCUCCAUGAAUGCCCAUCUGCCAUUUGCGGUGGUCGGUAGCGUGGAAGAGGUCAAAGUGGGAAACAAAACAGUGAGGGCCAGACAGUACCCCUGGGGAGUUGUGCAAGUCGAGAAUGAAAGCCACUGUGACUUUGUAAAGCUCAGAGAGAUGCUGAUCAGGGUCAACAUGGAGGACCUGAGGGAGCAGACCCACGCUCGUCACUACGAGCUGUACCGGCGCUGUAAGCUGGAAGAGAUGGGUUUUAAAGACACGGACCCCGACAGCCAGCCUUUCAGUCUCCAAGAGACAUAUGAGGCCAAGAGGAAAGAGUUCCUGGGGGAUCUGCAGCAUAAAGAGGAAGAAAUGCGACAGAUGUUUGUCAACAAAGUAAAAGAGACGGAAGCAGAACUGAAAGAAAAGGAGAGAGAGCUGCAUGACAGGUUUGACCAGCUGAAGCGAAUGCACCAGGAGGAGAGGAUGAAGGUGGAGGACAAGCGGAGAGACCUGGAGGAGGAGAUGAAUGCCUUCAACAGAAAGAAAGCGGCAUCCGAGACGCUGUCCUUAACUCAGCACCUCAAGAAAGACAAGGACAGGAAAAACAGGUCAGUGAAGACGGAGAACCAGUCAGGCGUGAGCGCCUCCAGCUCCAAAGUGAUGAUGGCCAAGGCCAAUGUGGAGCCCUUAAACUGCCAAAGCUGGUGGCAGGCCAUACAGUGUUGCACCUGCCUGGUCCACAGUGCUGCCUGGAAGCCCGGAGGCCUCUUCUGAUGCUCGGGCUGUGUGGGAAGCACGCCGGGGUUGGCUGUCGAACCCCAGCUGAUGUCAGAGCCAAGCCCAAUGGACAGAAUGAGGUGGGGAUGGCUGGAGACGAGCAGGGCGUGGAACUAGGAUGGAGAUAGAGAAAUGAUGAUAAACUAGACGAAAAUGUUAGUAUAAUGAUGUCAUUGUUGUCUCACUGUCCAUUCAUCCAUCGCUUACCCCGUACCUCUGUCUUUACAAUUCUUAAGUAUUUAAAAACAUCCAAUCAUGUAUCAGUCAUCACUUUGUUCUCACCCAGGCAGGACACUGUCUCUCCGUCAUUCCUUAGGUUACAGUAAAGGUUCAAAGC